AUGGACGAAAUCGUCGUUAGCAACGACCAACGUCGUACCCAGCAGACCACAUUCCAACAGUACCAGCCGCCAGGCUCAGCACCUGCCGAUGAGUCCCCGACGCCCUCGCGAACGGCUUCCGUCAUUGUCAACGGCAAGCUCCAAGAGAAAAAGUACGAUUAUAUUGAUGGACAAUGGGUGCAGCUUACUGCUGCUGGUGUUCCACGCAAGAAACCUGGUCGCAAGCCCGGCACCAUUGUUAAGCCCAAGACGGAUGCCGAAGUGAAGUCCCGCCGGCCACGGAAACCCCGCGACCCCGAUGCGCCUUCCCUCCAGCGCAAGCGCAAGGUUGCUCUCACCGACACGGAGCAGGACGACUCCGACGUAUCACGAGCCCACGGUCACGCAGGCGCUUCGCCAAACUCCACUUCCCACAGCUUCCUGCAAACAUCCCCCACGCAAGCUCGCUCUUCGCCCAAGAUGCCCAAGCGCGACGGCUUCCCCAGCUCCAUGCAUAGCAUCCUCAACGACGAUCCGCCUCCUGCGGCUUCUGUACCUGUCCGCACCAGCGGCCAGAGCUAUGACCCCAUUCGCGGCAUCUCGGGACCUGCGCGUGAUGCGCCCUCGCAUAAUCCAUACUCGCCCGCUUCGGGCUCUCCCAGGGCCCCUACUCAUGCCAACAAAUCUCCCUCCAUAGCCAGUCUGCUGGAGCCGGCCGCGCCCACAAUGUCGCCUUCCAACUCACAAAACGGCUACCCUGUGUCCCGCCUACAGAACGAGAGACCCUUGCCGGCGUCCCCCUCGAGUCAUCCCCCGCGGCCCUUUGCCGCUCGCCCUACCCCUGAAAAGUCACAAACACUGGAUACUCUUCGGCCGGUUGUCAACCCUUCAAAUUUCACCACGAUUGCCAAUGGCCCCGUUAGAAAAGUCUCGCCCAAGCACACUGGCGUAUCGACACCUAGAACUGACGUGGAUGACUUGGGAACCGACGGCGAAGGCCGCUCCAUCCUCGACUUUGGCAAAGCGAAGCCAGGUGAGGAAGCUGACGUGCCUACUAUUGUGCUGAGCAUCAACCUUGCCAACGGUGAGACGAACAAAUAUGUCAACUUUUUGCGGCUCGCAGAGGACCGCUACGGCUGGGACGCCCUGCAUCCCCGUCUGGCAGCGAACCGAGACCGCAAAGCGCGCAUCGCGGCCGCUGCAGCAAACCUGGAAAAGAUCGAGUCGGGAAGAGAAUCUGGCGACGAAAUGUCCGUGGACCUGUCCGACGGCGAGGGUAGCAACCCCGAGGUCGCUGGCGCCAGCGGUACCGACAACCAACCCAAGCCGACUAAGAAGAAGCGCAACUUUAAGGAGGACCAGUACGACGUCGACGACGAAUUUGUGGACGAUUCGGAGCUUCUCUGGGAAGCGCAGGCCGCCGCCAGCCGUGACGGCUUCUUUGUCUAUUCUGGGCCGCUGGUCCCCGAGGUCGAAAAGCCUCCCGCCGGGUAUGCUUCUUCUUUUCCCCAUCCUCUUGAACGAAUCUAUGCUAACUAUACUCACAGCAGCGAAGGUCCCGUUCGUCGUGGUCGCGGUGGCGGUCGCGGCAGCCGUGGCGGACGUGGAGGCAUGACGCGCGGCUCUGGCACUGGUCGGGGUGGCGGUCCGGGCUCUCGCGGCGGCAUCGUGCGCAAGCCACGCAUCACAAAGGCCGAGAGACUGCUGCGCGAAAAAGAAAAGGCGGACCGCGAAUCCAUGGCCCAAAUCCCCAAGACGCCGACGAGCAACUACGUCGUACCCAACCCGCUCCCGAUCCAGCUUGGCGUGUGA